ACUGAUGACGAUUUAGGAAUACAUUUUAAAAUUCAUGUGACUUACAUGCUUGUACAGACACACAGAUAAAAAGGGUUACAUCAAGAAUGGUUGUCAAAACGCCUGACAAAGGAUGCAGUGAAGACCAACGACAAACAACAACAUAAAGAAGUAAACAGCACAAGCUUAAUCUACAGACUGUCCUGCCGUACCCGUGGAAAUCACUAAUGGAAAGGAUUCAGCAGCUGCGUGUAUUUUUGCUGUGCUUUCUGGCUGUCCACCAGUGCCUGGCUAUGACACUACAAAGCCAAUGUCUCGAUGAUUCAAUCUGUACGUACAAUUUUGAGGAUUACUACAGCCAGAUGGGUAACUUGCCCAACCGCAUCAAUGAGCGCAGUAUUGCCCCUUGGGAUUAUAUUAAAAACAUAGAUUUGAACCGGAUACCUCAGGUGAUAAGUGAAGCAAGCUGCCACACCAGCCACUCCUGCAGAGGGCUCGACAAUGCGUUUGGUCUCGAGACCAUACCUGUAGCGCUGAGAAUGCCCGUCCUUAAGAAGAAUCCCGGCUGUUUUCCGAUGGGAAGCUACUCCUUGGAGUUUGAACUCAUCAACAUAGCUUGUAUUUGUGCUAUUGCCAGACACAGCUGAACAUGGUGGUUGAUGACCAUGUCAUUAAUGGUAAUGUUAAUUGUUCCUUGUUGAAAGGGACUCAUGAGAGGAUUACAUACUGUAUAUUCCUAAAGUGUAACUGUACAUUGCCUCGUACCAAUCACUUAAAAUAAAUAAAA